GUGUAACAAACAGUUAUGACUGGGUCCCUGGCAAACAGUCAGUGUGGUUGUGUAUAUUAAACUUAUUAUUCAACGUAACUUUAUUUUUUUCUUGAUAAACAUUUUUUAUCAUUCAUUCAUGUAUUCAGUCUCAAAAAUAUUAGAAUGCUUGGCUCAUAUGUUAUGGCAUUUUUAAUUACGAAUAACUGGCUUGAUUCCUAUCUUGAAACCCUGAAACUGACAGUUAAGAGCUAGAAGGUGAAAUAUACCUGUUUGUUUUCUCGGGAUUUUUGUUAUAAACUAUUUAUAAUUAAUCGAUUAAGGCCGCACCAUCACUCUUUAUUUGCUUCAUGAUUGGUUCAAUAAAACAUGAAGCUCAUUUGAGUUAACCUGCUCAUGCGCACACAUAACAGCGCCACCUUUCUAAUCAUUUUCACAGUUGUUUUUACUGGCGUUUUUUAAUAUUGAUUUUUACGGCUGCAUUUAACUUUUGGCUUAAAAGAAGACAAGAUUAGCGAACUUAUUACCGUGUUAAUGGGCUAAUUGUUACGCAGGAAUUUAUUUGGCUGUCGGAUAGCGUAGUCACAAGUCAAGCCGGCAGUACUGAAACGAUGGCAACUGGAUGGCAUAAAAAACAACAUCUCUGGAAAACCAACACCACCAUUUCCAGUCGAAACCUUGUAGAAUUUUGUAUGAAUGUUUUACUAGCUACCUUUUUCUUUCUUGAUUUCUUUCUCCUGAACACCGUGGAAGGUAUCUCUGCUGAUCACGAGAAUAGAAUUCUCAAAGAAGUGAUUUCCAAGUACUCCAACAGCGUACGACCAAGUGUCCGUGAAGAUGAGACAGUUAACUUUACGUUGGACAUCACCUUUAAUAACAUAAUAGAUGUGGAUGAAAAAAACCAAAUCUUAACAACAAGUAUCUGGGUUCGACAGUUCUGGACGAAUCCUCUGACGUCAUGGAAUGAAUCGCAGUAUGGAGGCUUGAAAGAACUGAUUAUCGAUUCAAAUAAAGUAUGGCAACCCGACACAGUUUUAUACAACAAUGUCUAUGCAGAGUACAGUGGACGAUUGGAUGCAAUAAAAACUCGAGUUCGUCUCAGCCACAAUGGUUUCACCUAUUGGGCCGCUCCUUUCAUCUUUAAGACCCUUUGUAGGAUCAAUGUAGCUGAUUUUCCUUUUGACACUCAGAUAUGUAAACUUACAUUUGGAUGUUGGCAGUAUAAUGGCAACGAAGUGAAUAUCAGAAACACCAAGAAAAUAGCAGCAAUUGCUAGCACUAGAGUGGAAAAUGGAGAAUGGGAAGUACUCAAAGUGUUAAUCGAACGCAAGGAAGUGUUUUAUAAAUGCUGUCCUAAUCAACCCUAUCCUGAGAUCUCAUUUAUCAUCCACAUGAAAAGAAGACCGUUGUUCUACGUGGUGAAUCUUGUGAUCCCAAAUAUCUUGAUCUCUCUGUUAGCCUUCUUCUCGUUCUUCAUUCCCGUGGAGUGUGGUGAGCGUAUAUCGUUUGUCAUCACUGUUCUGUUAAGUAUGACUGUCUUCAUGCUUCUAGUAGCCGAGAGUAUUCCUCCAACAUCUGAUGCUGUUCCAGUAAUUGGUAUCUACUACACGUUCUCAAUUUUUGAAGUAUUUCUUGCUCUUUUGGCUACUGGAGUAAGCUUGAAGAUCAACUACAGCUACAUGUUUGGAGAUGGUCUGUCACCCAAACUGCGAAGGAUUCUUUUUAAAGUUAUUGGUCCGUGUUUUGGAUUUGAUGUUGCUCAUUUGCUAGAUCAAGGAAAGAAGGCAACUAAAGCUUCCUUCUCUCGUAUUGAUUGCUGUGGAAAAUCACAUCCUUCUAAUGGUGAUGAAGAACUUGAUCGAGUUAUGUACUCUGAGCCUCUCUGUGAUACUAGAUCCAGGAAAUCCAACAAUAAUGGCAGCAUCAUCAACAAAUUCAAGUUCUUGGAAAAGAACGACAACAAGAGCCAUGUUUCAAGCACGAAUAGUGAAGAUGUUGGAGAAUUGCUCGCUUUAUCUCCAUCAACGAAGCGUUGUUAUCAUCAACAUCAUCUGCAUAACUGUGCCUUUGAUGAUGUUGUGGACGGGUCGGGAAAUCAACGCACUAAUCAAGAGCAAAAGAUGGCUGAAAGCAAACUUGCUGCUUCUAUCAUCGAUCACCUGUUUCUCUGGAUCUUUGUUGGUACUUAUGUGAUUUCAUCUGUUCUUAUUCUUAUUAUACCUUUAAUGAACUUGUAUAAACAUGCCUGACCACUGAAUGCUUAAGACAGAGCCAGAACGGCGCUGAGAUGGGAACUUCCUCAGCUAUUCAUGGCCGCUGCUCACCCAAGAAAGAGAACCUUCUGCACGACUUUGCCAUUGGUUUCUUGAUCAUCAUCAACCUUCUCCAGAUUUAUUGACCAUAGGUUAACGACUAUUAAUUACUGCUGCUGUGGAACUGUGGAAGAGUGAAAAAUAGCAACCGUUCAACUGUGCACCUUGGAAAGUCUGAACUUAAUAAAUCCAGAUUUCAGGUUUUAACAGUAGUAGAAUAAUUAGGGAACCAAACAAACCAACUCAGUGUUGUCCUCAAUGGAAACUUAUGCCUCGCUUUAAUUGAGUUUUACCAAUAAUUAGUUAAUUAUAACUAAUUCUUUCUAGUUGCAUUUGUUUAGUGUGUUUAAUAAUAACAUUAUGUACUUUGUGAAAAUUUAAAGAGAAAAAGUUACUAUUUACAAAAAACUAGAAAAAAAACAAAAUGAAAAACAAGCAUUAUAAAAAAGUCUAAAAUUAUCUAAUAUCGGCAAGGUUAGUAUUAAUGCUAAAGUCCAAUAGAAAGUCACUUUC